AUAUAUAUAUAAUAAAGUCAAGAAAAUAGAUCUUAAUAAAAUCACGUCCAACCCCUUCCCAAAACAAAGCAAAACAGAACAAAACAAAAACAAAUACUGGAUUCACAACAACAUUGCGUCGUCUGCUGUAAACUGAGACUGCGAAACGUGUUUAAUCAUAAGUGAAAUUAUUUUUCUCCGUUAGCUGUAAUUCAGUAGCAUACAUAAAUCAAGAAAAUAGAUCUUAAUGAAAUUACUUAAAUACUUGGGUUAGUAACUGUGGAAUAAAAAACGCGUUGACGUCAAGAUUGUUUAUAUUUCUCCUUUCUGGUUCUUAUAUCGGUACAAAAUGCCCAUGCGCAGCUACAAAAAAGUUCCUCCCGUGAAGAAAGUAAGGGUGAUUAACCCCUUGACAGGGCGAUUUAUUACCUAAAAGAGAAUAAGCGACAGAAACAAGACACAGUUUCUGCUGCUCCUGCCAUGCAGCCACCGAUACCGACGCCACAGGUAUCAGACACAAUUCAUGCUUCUUGCUCCCAGCAAUCGAUGCCGUCGACAUCACCCAUGGAUGCAUUUGAGUUUAUGGCCGUAGAUUCAGAAAAUGGAGCUAGCAAUGGAGCAAGUUCAUACUGGAAGAAAAAAGUAAAUCGUUCUGAAAAAUGGGAAAAGAUACACAAGGAACUGCUGGUUGUCCACACUGACUGUAUGCUAUUGCAGAUCAAAAGCCAGUGUAUCUGUUGUGGCUUCAGUUUGCCAACAAUCCGCUGCUUGGAUUGUGGCAGCCAGGCACUUUUUUGUGAGAAGGACUUUCUUGAGCGUCACAAGAAUGCUGUAUUUCAUAGCCCAGAAAUCUGGAAUGGACGUUGUUUUGUGCCAUAUGCAGCCAACUUGCCUGUUCUUGUGCAUUACAACCACAAGAUACCAAAUUGUGUAAAACGUACAAGGGAAAUCACUGUGAUUGGAAUGAGAGGUGGUCCACAGCUGUUUAAAAUUGAAUUUUGCUCAUGUGAGAGUGACACCAUUACACUACUACGCCAUCGCCUUUGGGGUUCUUCCCCAGAAAUACCAUCUGUGGCAUUUAAGCUGGAUGUCAUGGAAUGGUUGCGUGCAUUAGUGCUUGAAUGCCAGGUGUCAGUAAAAGGGUUUGUCAAUGCUUUGGCAAUCCGACUCAGCAAGAUAGAGAACAUGAGCAGCAAGAAGGUUAAUGGAGUAUAUCAGGCCCUAAUAACCGAUGCAUUUACAAUGUACAUGCGUCAUAAGUACCAGUUGCAGCAGCUACAACAUAUAGAUCCAGAUCUUGAUGAUGGAACUGAGUGUCCUGCCUGCCAUGUGAUCAAAGAAGACAUCGACAUUAAUGCAAAAGACCUUGCAGUUGGUGGAAGUCAGCUAGUGUUGUCUGAAAAUAGCAAAAUAUUUUCAUUUGAUGCCAAUUUUGGUCUCGUUAGAAAAAAAUCAUCGGGGAAAAGCCCUGGUGAGCCGUUUCACAGAGGGAGGUACUUUUUGGACCAGACAGAGGUCGAUGCCUUUGUCAGUAACUAUGUUUGCCACUCCAAGAAAGGAGCUGGGGACUGUAGUGACUUCCAGGCAGGAAGUAACAGGUCAAAGUCCAGAACAGAAAAGCUGGACGAGACCGCUGUGUUUGGCUGUGCGUGCAGCAGGCACGAGUUUCCCCAUCGUUUCUUCAGCCUGAAGCAUGGCGAAAGAUUGGGAUAUGCUGUCUACCUGAUGGAGAAACUGCUGCAAGAGCAUCCGCAUAAAAUCUCCAUCAUGUAUGACAUUGCAUGUGUUCUGUCUGCACAUUUGAAGAAAACCAACAGAGAAGAGAGAGCUGCAUCACGCGUACAAUUCUCUUGCCUAUUUUCCACAGCUUUGGUCAUAAGAUGGCAUGUCAGCUAGAGUAUGGCCCACGAACGGCAGCUGGGAUAGGUCUGACAGAUGGUGAAACGGUUGAGCGCCUCUGGUCAUACCUAAGAAAAUUUUCCUCAAUCAGUAAAAUGAUGACGCCACAGAGGAGAGUCGAUUUACUAACUGAU